CAACUCUCACGUCUCUUGAUCCAUCCAUCCCAGAGUGCUUCAUUCCGGCCUGCGUCGUUUCUUGCUCUCUUCAAAAGGUGCCCCGAGCUCCAAACGCUAUCGGAAAUCUAGGCUUUUCAAUUGCUGACACGAGAUUUAUCGCCUCACCAUCUUUCUUCUUUGCGACUCUUGUUUUUAUUUCUUCCAACGUUCUCAACUUUCCCAAUUCUCAACGCCGCUGUAAUCCGCUGGUCGAGUUAGUUCACAACCGUCCACCAUGGCGCCAGCAAGCGCAAUCCCCCCAGCCCUCCCCCCAACGGUAGAGGAGGCCUACCGCAGAAAAUGCAACAAGCUCCGCCAGCGCACCAACGAAGUCGAAAAGGCCAACGACGCCUCUAGAGUCCGCAUCAACCGCCUGAAGCGCCAGAUCGAGAAGCUCCGCCUCGAGCGCGUCUUUCUGUUCGAGCAACUCGCCAAGCGGACGAGCACAAACGUGGAGGACUCUGACGGCAGCCCGAGCCCACCACCGACUCCUAAAGAGAAGCCGCUGAGACUGAAGCGAGGCCAUAGAAAGGCGAGCAUUUUGCCUGUUGACGGGAGUGGGAGCCAGGCGGGGGGUAGUCAGGCUGGUGGGAAUGGGGUUGGGUCGUCGUCUUUGACGGCGAGCCAGUUUAUUAGCCAGAAUCCUGGGGGUGCGAGUCACUCACCGAGUGGGAGUGAUGCUUUUUCGUUGGCGAAUAAGGGGGGGGCGAACGGGGUGCAUCAUCAGGAGCCGCCUAAGAAGCCGGGGAAUGCGUUUGAGCUUUAUUGCAAUGAGAGGAACACGGCUGCUUCUGCUGAUGUUGCUACUGACGAUAAGGCCGAGCAGGAGGAGUCAAGGCGGGAGGUGGACGAUGAUGAGCUUGCUCGGGGGUGGAAAGAUCUGAGCGAGACGCAACGUGGGGAGUUUGAGACGAGGGCAGGGGAGAAUAUGGCUCAGUAUGAGAAGGAGAGGGGGGAGUAUGAUGCUGCUGCUGCUGCUGCUGAGGCGAAGAGGCAGAAGGAGAGCGAGGAGGCGGAGGAGAAGGGGAAGGAGAAUGGUACGGAAAAUGCUACGGAGGAGCAAAAGGAUGACCAAGGGGAUGUGGAGAUGGGGGAGUACGAUACUGAUCAGGAGACGCAGCCUAAUCCGGAGGAUGAUUAG